UUUAUGUUAUGAAGGUCUGGUCUGACUUGGAGGAGAAUAUACAUUCUGUAAAAUACUGUUCUGUGAAGACUUUUGGAAGAAACGCUUUUCAUUUAGUCAGAUGACUCAAACCUUUGUAAUGAGUCUGAGAUAUCCUAAUUCAGAGAUCACAAUGGAGGAUAGAAGCGGCCGCACCGGCAGCAGAGAACGACUGGGACUGAGCUUUACAAUUGACUACCUUCUGUUCAAUAAAGGAGUCAGAGGUUCUAAAGGAGAAGAAACAGGAAGUCGAACAGCAGCGCAGAGAGCAGACCGAAUGCUAAAUCAUCACAAUCCCAGACGUGAAGAGGUGAGGAGUCGCUCAGAGACCGAGGAGAAGCAGCGACAGGGUUCAGAGGUAGACACAGAAGAGAAGAAAGUCAAAGGAGAGGAGGAAGAUGAAGAGCUACACGACAAAGAGGAUGGGGAAGCGACCACCAUCGCGGCCACCAGCAGUAGCCCAGAGAAGUCUACAGACAAACCCAACCAGUCGUACAUUGCUCUCAUCUCUAAGGCAAUUCUGGCAUCCGAGCCGAAGAAGCUGCUGUUAUGUGAUAUCUACCAGUGGAUCAUGGAGAACUACCCAUACUUCAAGAGCCAGGAUAAAAACUGGAGGAACAGCGUGCGGCACAAUUUGUCCCUCAAUGAUUGCUUCAUCAAAGCAGGCCGCAGCGACAACGGUAAAGGCCACUUCUGGGCAAUUCACCCAUCGAACUAUCGGGACUUUUCUAACGGGGACUACCACUGCAGAAGGGCGCGGCGGCGGGUUCGCAGGGCGACAGGACAGCUGCCCCUCUCCUCGCUGGGCUCCCCCUACCAAGUUCCCCUAAGCCGCACCCACAGAACGACCUGCUGGUGCUGCCCCCAGGCCCCAGCAUUCCCUUUGUCCUGCUUGACACCAAGACUGUACUGGCCAUGGCCCAGUGUGCACCCACAUGUGCGGUUCCACCCGAGCCUUCAUGCCUCUGCACCCUGACGGGCAAUAGUGUUUUUCGUGUUGUUGUAUUUACAAUUUGACUCAGAAUAAUGUUGGGUGAAAGCCUUUUUCAUAAUGUCAUGAUAGAGGAUGUUACAAUAAUACAGUAUUGUAUCAUGAUCAGCUUUAUGUGGUCAAAGUAGGGCUUCCAAAAUGAC